GAGAGAGCUGCAGCUCCACAGAGGAGACAAACGGAAGGAGAAAGGAAGGCAGUGAGAGAGGAGCGACCCGAUGCUCUGUUCUGGUCUUCCAGCAAUAAAAAAAGCAAUAUUCCACAAGGAGAUGCGAUGCUUUCUGAGAAUUUAAAAUCCCGCAAAGGUUUUGUGACGAUUUUCUGGAGUCGACGAUUUUCUUUUUGAAGCCUUUCAAAUCCCGUUUUUUUUUCUUCCACUCUACAAACAGUCACAACUCGCAGUUCGCAUUCUAUAUUCAUUUCAUAUUGAGAGACAGAAAGGUGUUUGGUUUGCACGCAUUUUUGGAUUUUCAGCUUGUUUUUAUUACUGCCGCGUCGACUUUGUAAACGCCAAACUGCUCGGCGUGACUCUCCUGGAGCGGAUCGGACAGCGGCUGCUUGGCUGCGCAAGAGGAGCUGUCCGGUGCUGAAACCUGCAGGAAACUGCACAGGAACUGUUUGCUGAGUAAGACGUUAGAAAUCCACAACACAACGCAAACAAGCAGGAAAAGAGUGACGAUUUAAUGGGACAAACACCCAGGACAUGGUUUAUAUUUUUAUUCUAGAUCUAUCAGAACCCCACAGGUCUUCCAGAUUCAACUUCUAAUGAUUAAACAUAUAUUUGUUUCUGAACGCAAAGAAACAGAGGAGAAAAGCUCGGUUUGAUCUUUAAAAGUCAUGUCUCUACUUUGUAAUUCGACUUUAUAGGUAGCCAAACAAUUGAAUUAUAUGCAAAAAAACCUGCUGAUUUUCAUCACUGGGUUCAGACCUAAGAGGAUUAGGAAAGAGAAGAAAAGCCUGUGUUAAUCAUAUGAAGGAGCAGUGACCGUCCCACCAUGCCUCGAUCUUUCUUAGUGAAGAAAGUCAAACUGGACGACUUCUCGGCUGCUGAACUGGAAAGCUCUUACAGUCACAACCGGAGAGAGGAGCUUAGUCUACGAUUCCAUCAUCAUGACAAAGGUUACGUCGGUGAUUAUCUAAGUCCAAAUCCCUAUGAUGACGUUGUGGGAAGUGAUUCAUCAGUCAUCUCUAAAGUGCCCUCUCCGAGCCACUCAUCAAUCAUCUAUGGCCACAUUAACAACACCUAUUCAGGAAUCCAUGGAGACCUCCAUGGGGAUUCAGACCAGCCGGACAGCCCGAGGUCUGAGGUCUCGUCCUCAGCAGGCGGGUACAUUAACGGAGAUGCAGCCGUGAGCGAAGGAUACACCGUAGACGCGUUUUUCAUCAUGGACGGACGGUCGCGAAGAAAGGCCGCGGCAAACCCACGAGGGGCCGCCCAGAGGCACACAUGCAGCGAGUGUGGCAAAACCUACGCCACGUCCUCCAACCUGAGCCGGCACAAGCAGACGCACAGAAGCAUUGACAGCAAGAUGGCCAAGAAGUGCCCCACGUGUGGGAAGGUGUACGUCUCCAUGCCCGCCAUGGCCAUGCACCUCCUCACCCACGACCUCAAGCACAAGUGCGACGUGUGCGGGAAGGCGUUCAGCCGGCCGUGGCUGCUGCAGGGCCACAUGCGCUCGCACACCGGAGAGAAGCCGUUCGGAUGCGCACACUGUGGGAAAGCCUUUGCUGACCGCUCAAACCUGCGCGCCCACAUGCAGACUCACUCAGCCUUCAAGCAUUACAAGUGCAAGCGGUGCAACAAGACGUUCGCACUCAAAAGUUACCUGAACAAGCACUAUGAGUCUGCGUGCUUUAAGGGGGCUUUUUCCCCACUGAGCACACUGAGUGAAUAAUAAACUUAGGAAGCACAUCUGGGGUUGAUUUACUUACAUCUGAUUUUUUUUGUUCUGCUUUACCCCAAAAGAUGAACCUGAGGGCAACAAAGGAGGAGUUUUUUCCCCCUCUUUUUACAAACCGGUUAGUUAUUCUUUUUUGAUGGUUAAUUGAAAAGUUUGAAAGAACUUGAUAGGAUUUAUUCCCCCAAUGAGGUCCCUGUGAAGUUAAAUAAAGCACAGCACAUCAAGUGCGUCGUAUUUUGAAGAAA